AAUUAAACACAGUACCCUCUUCAAAAUUAGCUAGCCAGAGAAAUGGUUCUGAAAUUUGCUUAUAUCAUAGUAAUUUUGAUGAUAUGGUGCAUGUAUCCAUUAACAUCUGCACAGUAUCUCGAUGAGACUAUAACAUCCUCGCAGUACGAGAAUAUGACUAUAGCACGACCAGGUUGUGAUAGGAAAUGUGGAAAUGUUUUCAUUCCUUUCCCUUUCGGAAUGGGCAGGGAAAAUUGCUAUGCAAGCUCGUGGUUUGAAAUAGAUUGCAGAAACAAUAAUACUACUACUAAUUCAUCAGGUGAACAGAAACCUUACCUCAAAUACAUAGAUUUGGAGGUAAAAUUCAUUGAUCUCUGGAAAGAGGCUUUGAUCAUCAUGAACCCUAUUUAUCAGAGUGGGAAGAACUGUGAAAGGAACAAGACAGGAGGAAUAAAUCUGAAAGGAGGAAGUCCUUUUGUGUAUUCCGCGCGUUACAACACAUUCCUGGCCGUAGGUUGCGGAAACACUGCUUCUUUCUGGUCAAACGGAGAGGAAGUUAGUGGUUGUGCUUCCAUGUGCAAUGGCGAUGACCUCAUCAAAGUUGAUAAUUGUCGUGGCAGAAAAUGCUGCGAGGCGUCACUUCCGCGGUAUCUUUCAGAAUAUAACGUGAGUUUUGAAGGCCAAGAGUGUGCUUACGGGCUGAUUAUAGCAGUUAGGUUGGGUUACUGGAAUCUGACGAUUAAGGACGUAAAGCAUUUAAAUGAAGUUCCUGCAGUGCUUGAAUGGGAGAUUCCAUUUGACACUUUUUACUCUAACAUUUCCUUCUUUCGUGACCCUGAUAUUGUAUCCUGCUACGACACUUAUCUUAAACAUUCACUAAACAACUCUUCUCAGUCUUCUGGUAGACUGUGUCAUUGCAGAUAUGGUGCCCCCCCGGCCAAUCCCUACAUCCGGGGAAGCUGCUUAGGAGAAAAAAGGAAAACUCGAGUAAGGUGGGCCAUAAUAGGAGUUUCUUCAAGCCUCGGAACCAUCCUUUUACUCCUCGUUUUGUGGUGGUUGAACAAAUUUGUAAGGAAAAAUAUAGAAAAGAAACGCAAGGAAAAAUUCUUCAAACAAAAUGGAGGAUUGUUGUUAAAUCAAAAGCUCUCUUCAGGAGAAGCCAAUGUUGACAAAAUUAAACUCUUUACUCUAAAGGACUUAGACAAGGCCACUGAUCACUUUAAUAUAAAUAGAGUACUCGGAAAGGGAGGCCAAGGUACCGUUUACAAAGGGAUGCUAGUAGAUGGAAAUAUUGUUGCAGUGAAAAAAUUUAAGGUCAACGGAAAUGUUGAAGAAUUCAUCAACGAAUUUGUCGUUCUUUCACAAAUUAACCACAGAAAUGUGGUUAAGUUGUUAGGAUGUUGUUUGGAGACUGAAAUCCCAUUGCUUGUUUAUGAAUUCAUUCCCAAUGGUAACCUUUAUGAAUAUUUACUUGGACAAAAUGAUGAGUUACCAAUGACAUGGGAUAUGCGUUUGAGAAUUGCCACUGAAGUUGCUGGAGCUCUAUUUUACUUGCACUCAGCUGCUUCUCAACCCAUUUAUCAUAGAGAUGUGAAGUCAACAAAUAUAUUAUUGGAUGAGAAGUAUAAGGCAAAAGUAGCAGACUUUGGUGCAUCAAGAAUGGUUUCCAUUGAAGCCACUCACCUCACUACUGCAGUUCAAGGAACUUUUGGAUACUUAGAUCCUGAAUAUUUUCAUACGAGUCAAUUCACAGAGAAGAGUGAUGUCUACAGCUUUGGAGUGGUUCUUGUUGAACUUUUAACAGGACAAAAACCAAUAUCCUCAGUGAAAGAACAAGGACUUCAAAGUUUAGCUUCAUAUUUUCUUCUUUGUAUGGAGGAAAAUCGUUUGUUUGAUAUUGUUGAUGCAAGAGUCAUGCAGGAAGGGGAGAAAGAAGACAUCAUUGUAGUUGCCAAUCUUGCAAGAAGAUGUUUACAGUUGAAUGGGAGAAAGCGACCAACUAUGAAAGAAGUCACAUUAGAAUUGGAAAGUAUCCAAAAACUGGAAAACCAGUGUAAUGCACAAGAGCAACAAGAAGAACUUGAGCUUGCUGGAAAUGAAGAUAGCCAAUUUUGGGCUGCGUAUUCUACAACUUCGACUGCAGGGCAAACUUCAGACAGCAAAACAUCAACCUUGGAGAUUAUGCCUAUUCUUAUCAAAUAAUUGUUGAAUUUUCUUAACUUGUUUUGUUGUGUGUAAAAUUAA